AUGGGCGUUCCCAACACCUACAGUCUGGUGUUCGCCUGCACGUGCGGCGUGAUCCUGGGCGUGGGACUGGGGGCCAACCUGCUGGUCUUCUCCUUGUUCGCCAAGUCCAAGUCGCUGCGCAAGAACCACCUGGACCUCCUGCUCCUCAGCAUGUCGCUGGCCGACUUCCUCACCCUGCUGCUCAUCCCCUUCACCCUGCACUCGGCCGUCAGCCACUCGUGGCCCACGGACGAGGUGUCCUGCAAGGUCUACCAGUUCCUGUUGGCCUUCGGCCUGGCGGCCAGCACCUACUCACUGUGCGCCGUGUCGGCGGCUCGCGCCAUGAUCAUCACCAACCCCUACCGGCCUCCGGCCGCCGACCUGGUGGUUGUCAUGUUCGUGCUGGUCUGGGCCCUGAGCUUCGUCAUCAGUCUGCCCCUGCGCAUGUUCGCCACCAAGGAGAGCCUGAGCCCCGGCCUGGUCGGCUUCACCUUCUGCCUGCCCACCAUCCAGGAGCAUCACUACCAAGUGGUCCUGAGCCAGUUUGUGCUCCUCUACUUCAUCCCCAUGCUGGUCAUCGCCUUCAACUACGUCCGCCUGGCUCUGUUUCUCCACAAGAGUCCGCCCAUGUCGGCGUCGGGCGCCCGCAACACGCGGCGGGCCUCGCUGAUGGUGUUCCUGGCGGCCGCCACCUUCUCGGCGUGCUGGCUGCCCGGCUACGUCCUGGAGCUGUGCGUCUACCUGGGCCUCUACCGCCACGGGGGCGCCUGGGAGGUCUUCUACUUCACCUGCACGGUCCUGCAAUACCUGCACCCGUGCAUCAACCCCGUGCUCUACGUGCUGCUGUCCAAGCGGUACCGCCGCAGGAGGGCGGCCCGGCUCUUCGGAUGCCACCGCAACAGAGUGCGGCCGCAGGUCGUCAGUCUCUCCGCGGACAGUUUUUAG